AUGCCUGCCCUUUCCGGACCCCCUUUUCUUAUACUAGUAACAGGAGCUAACGGUUUUGUUGGAACGUGGAUUGUUCACCACCUGCUUGAAAAUGGUUACUCGGUUCGUGCGGCAGUUCGAACGAAGGAGAAAGGCCAGUAUUUGCUGGAGACUUUCAAGUCCUAUGGCACCAAGCUUCAGCUUACCAUUGUCGGUAAUAUGACAGAGGAAGGUGUUUUUAAUGGUGCUGUUCAAGGUGUUGAUGGGAUUAUUCAUACAGCCUCACCCGUCGGAACAGUUGCGGAUGAUCCAAACGAAUUGAUAGAACCAGCAGUUAAAGGGGUCACGGGCAUCCUACUGAGCGCUUUGCAGUAUGGAUCCGGGAUUCAGCGAAUUGUAUUCACAUCCUCCUGCGCGGCUAUUCUAGACACUUCGGACAAAGAGGUAACCGUGUCGGAAAAAGAUUGGAAUGACCAACGAGUGGAAGAAUGUGAACGGCUUGGGAGAGAUGCAAGUGGACUGUCCAAAUACUCAGCGUCAAAGACCCUUGCAGAAAGGGCCGUCUGGGACUUCUAUCUAAAGCAUAGAGAGGAGAUAAUGUGGGAUCUGGUGGCCAUUAACCCCCCGUAUAUAUUUGGUCCUAUCAUUCAUGACGUAACCUCUCCCGACAUUCUCAACUCCUCAUCCAAACGGUGGUACGACGCUCUAGUGCACAACGAUUUCAGGGGACUAUCUCCGGCUACCCAUCCCGGCCAUGGCUGGGUAGAUGUUCGAGAUGUUGCCGAAGCGCAUAUCAAGGCUCUUACAACCCCAGGUGCCGGCGGGGAACGAAUCAUCGUGAGCGCCGGAUCUUGGGUCUGGCAGGACAUGAUAAACGCCGCAUCUACGCUGCCGGGUUCUAUCUAUAAGCGGCAUCCUGAUGCUAGAUUCCAGGGAGGACAGUCACGAGCUAUCACCUUCAAUACGGAAAAAGCAGACCUGAUUCUUGGGUUGAAGUUUCGGUCUAUGAAAGAACUAGCUUAUGAUAUUCUACUAGACUUUACUAAGCGGGGCUGGUAUCCUUGA